CUAGCCUCUACACACAGCCUUGGACACAUCAACCCAGCUGUCGAGGGGGAAAGUCGGAGACGGCCUCUCUCGUCAACAGCGCUAAUCAGCAGCGACAAACCGCGUUCCUCCUCAUCCGUGAUUCUCGGUUCAUCUCUCAAGGAUGCUCCAGCCUCCUAUCGGUAAGACUGAAGCAUUAUAGCUAUCCAGCCUUUCCAGUAGCCCAUCGAAGACAAGAAAAUAAACCAUUACGGCAGCAGCAUCUCUGGGACAGAUCGAACACGGAAGCCAUCCAAGAUGUGUGCUAUUAUGUGGAAACGCUAGAGUAGUCAGAAAUAGAAAUGGACGCCGAGUCUAGCAGGCAUGAUAACCUAGAGAGUAUAUUUGAAGGCGCAAGUUCAGAACCACGCACUCUACCACUAGAAUAUUUGAGAAAUAUCACAAAUGACUUCUCUGAAGAGCUAUUACUUGGUGAAGGUGGCUUUGGUAAAGUAUAUAAGGGAGUGAAAGAAAAUGGAGAAACCAUUGCUGUGAAGAGGCUUUCCCCGUCAAUACCAGAAGUUAGCCAGUUCGAGAAUGAGGCACGUCAUCUUAUGAAGCUUAAUCACCCAAAUAUUGUCCCACUUGUAGCCUACUGUUUUGAAAGUAAGAUUAUAUAUGUAGAACAAGAAGGGAAAUACUUUUGGGCUGAGAAGCCAGAAAGGUUGCUUUGCUUGGAGUAUAUGCCUGAAGGAAGCCUCCGUGGUUGUCUUUCAGAUGAAUCUUGUGGACUUGAUUGGGACCGACGUUACAAAAUAAUCGAGGGUAUUUGCUUUGGUUUGCAUUAUCUUCACGAGGAAUGGAAUCCUAAAACUCCUAUUAUUCACAUGGACCUCAAACCUGCAAACAUAUUGCUUGAUGUGAAUAUGGUUCCAAAAAUUGCGGACUUUGGUUUGUCAAGACUCUUUGGUGAAGAGCAAACUCGAACGUGUACUACCAAUUGUUUCGGAACAUGGGGUUACAAGGCACCAGAAUAUAUAAAUAGAGGUACAAUCACAAAAGAAUUAGACAUAUUCAGUUUGGGUGUAAUAAUCAUAGAAAUAGUGACGGGACACAAGAACUACCCAGAAGAUACCGAAGUCGACGAUGGAUCUUCCCAGAGAUAUAUAGAGCUUGUACUUAAGAAUUGGAGAACUAGGAUGGAAAAUUCGCAAGGGUACACAUCAGUGGAAAUCAAUUACCAACAAAUAGCAUUAUGCAUAGCGAUAGGUUUGGUCUGCGUGAAACUUGACCGGAUGAAAAGGCCUACAACAAGCCAAAUUAUCACUAUGCUUCGCAGACCAGGAAGUGCAGAUGGCAGCAUACGAGAAGGGGUAAGAUCACCUGCAAAAACCAAGAUUCACUACCUUCUCACUGAUUGGGAAUUUCUCUUCUGUACAAAGGUUGUCCAACCUGAACAAACGCAUGACAAUAAAGAUGGAGCUCAGACUGUGGUUACGGUUGCAGAGGAGACAUUUGCUGAUAGGAGAAAACAAAGAUCACCUGCGUCCCGGCCGUUCCGGAGGUUCACUGAGCCUAGGCCUGCUGAGGAGACGAUUGCUCAAACAGAAAAACGAGGAACGCUUGUGUUUCAGCCGAUUGGGGGGGCCACUUUCUACCCCACACCCACAGAGAGGGAUGAGAGAACAAAUUGUUCUAUAAUUUAGAUCUUGCCAUUAAUUUUGUAGUGGCUCAUGGGUAUUUUUUAUCAAAAUAGCGAGAAAGGCUCCAGUUGUGUUUUCCAUGAAAACUUGAAUGAAUAGUAAAUAAUUAAACCACUCUCGUGGGCAAUGUGGUCAAACACCAACUUCAAUAUGAAUAAGAGGGUUUGUUUAAUAGCAACAUGA